GUUUCCAUUUCCAACCCGGUCAGUUCGGUAUGCCUAUAGCUUCCGCAUCUUGAUGCAUCUGUUUAUCAAUCCACGUUUCUCAAUGUAUCUGUGCCCCAGAAUAAUGUUUAGAAGCAGUGUUUAGCUAGUUAGUACUGCUAAGCUAGUUAGCAUUUACACCAUUCUCUCCCACAAGAUGCUGAGGUUGUUCGGUGCGCUGGUUCUUGUUGGACUGAUAUUAGCUUGCUUGACUUCUUGGGUGCUGGAGAGCUACGACACCGCCUGGCACCCCAAACGAAGUGUCAAGCACUCCAGUGACCAUGAUGAUCAUGAGGAAUCUCGGAAUAGUGUUCCCCCAUAUCCCGGCGGUGAAUUCGAGAACAUAUUUUGGUUUGUGCAGGUGUCUGACAUUCAUAUCAGCCGCUUUCACGAUCCCGAACGGAUUUCAGAUUUUGAGAAGUUCUGCACUGACACCAUUGAAGUGAUUAAACCUGCUCUUGUUCUCGUAACAGGCGACUUGACCGAUGCUAAGACAAAGAGCAAGGUGGGCUCCCUGCAGCACGAGGUGGAGUGGCAGGCCUACCACAACGUCUUGAAACGCUCCCGCGUGCUGGAGCGCACCAAGUGGAUCGACAUCCGGGGAAACCACGAUGCCUUCAACAUAAUCUCCCUGGACAGUGUGAAUAACUACUACAGGAAAUACUCAGCCAAUCAGAAGGUGGGAUCUUUCCACCAUGUCCACCAGACUCAAUUUGGGAACUACUCCUUCAUCUGUGCAGAUGCAACUCUCACUCCCGGACCAAAACGACCAUUCAACUUCUUUGGCAUUCUCAACCAGGAUCAGAUGGAUAUUUUGGCAGACUUCCGAUUGGAGAGCCGCAGUAGCAACCAGUCGAUCUGGUUCGGCCACUACCCCACCUCCACCGUCAUCUCCCCCUCUCCCGGCCUGAGAGGGGUGAUGAGCUCAGCUGUGGCGUACCUCUGUGGCCACCUGCACACCUUGGGGGGUCUGAUGCCCGUCCUGCACAGCCGACACCCCCAGGGUACCCUGGAGCUGGAGCUGGGGGACUGGAUGGGAAAUCGCAGAUACAGAGUUCUGGCCUUUGACCACGACCUGCUCAGCUUCUCAGACCUCACCUUCCAACAAUGGCCCGCAGUGCUCAUCACCAACCCCAAGGAGGCGCAGUACCUCCACCCCGGAGCCGAGCCCCUGGGGAGGGUGAGGCGCUCCACCCACAUCAGGGUCCUGGCCUUCUCGGAGGCCCCCAUCACGGCCGUGUACGUCAGCGUGGACGGGGUGGGGCUGGGGGCGGCGCGCCGGGCGGGGGGGCCCCUGUACGUGCUGCUGUGGGAGCCCUCCCUCUACCUUACGGGGCCACACACCAUCAGUGUCAAAGUGGAGGACUCGGCUGGGCGCUCGACGGUGCGAGAGCAGCACUUCUCUCUGGAAGGAGACAUCUCCCCCAGCUUUGGCUUCUUCCAGUCCUUCAUCCUCCUCUCCGACCACUACAUCUUGGCCCGGGCAGCGUUUGUGACCGUGACGUUGCUGAACGUGGGAGUUCUGGUGUUGUUCCGGUUCCUGCGCGCUCCCCCCGCCAGAGUGUCGGGCCCGUCCUCCCAGGUGUGCCUGUCUCUGCAUCUGCUCAGUAAGACGGACGCGUUCUACUACUCCCUGCUGCUGUUCAACCUGUGCACGGCCCUCGGGCCUUGGUUCGUAGGGGAGCUGAUAGACGGCCACAGGGGUGUGUGUUUUUCCUUUGGUGUUUUCAUCAAUGGCCACUUCCUAGAAGGCAGUCUCACCUAUUUGGUUGGAGUCUCGCAGCUGGUCUUCUUCAACACGCCUCUCGCCUGCUACCUGUGCUGGAGCCUAGAGCUGCGUUGCCGUGGCGGCUCGCUGCGCUCUCAGCUGUGCCGGCCGGGCUGUCGCCCGUGGACCCUGGCGGUGCACGGCGCCAUGCUGCUGCUGCUGGCCUGGCAGGCCCACUCCUGCCUCUUCCUGCUGGAGACCUACGGGCCCAUGGCCUUCCUGUUGUCCCCCGUGCGCACGUGGGCGCUGGGCCUCAGCCUGGCGCUGGUGCACCGCGCUUGGAGGGGCCCCGUGCCGCGCCUCGGCAACGGCGGCAAGGCCGCCUCGCCCUCUUGACCGCUCGCGCCCCCCUCCCCCUGGCCCGUGGUUUUGGAGCUGCGCCGUGUCUUUGUCGGGGGGGGGGGGCUGUUUUCUUCCUUCCUAUUCCACUUUCUCACUUGCUGUGCUCUCACAGCUUCUGGUGUUGUUGAAUAUGUAUGUUUUCGUGAGGCACCGAGCACCCCCAGAGCACAGCUGACAGACCUGGUGUUGAGUCUGAACCGUCAUGCAGUUCAGUAUAUCAGUGUACAGUAGACUACAGUAGUAUACCAGUAUAUUAGUGUACAGUAGACUACAGUAGUGUACCAGUAUAUCAGUGUACAGUAGACUACAGUAGACUACAGCACCACAGCUGCCAUGGAGUUUAAAAGAAGAAAAAGUUAAUUUGACUUCACUUCUUUCAUCCGAGUAACUCAAUUCAUGAUUUACAAAAUGCUCGACUACCAAAGUAGUCCAUUAGUGACGACUCAGAGUAGCUCCAAAUGCCCAAUCGCCCUCUUAGGGACUCUUGAACAAGGAUCAGAUGUCAUGGGCCUAUUUUACCACUGGCUCAAGUCUUCACCUUUUACAGAGGAGCGAAUGUUUGAACGUGGGUCCAAGCAUUCGUCUAAAUGUGAUGGAGAGCGAAGGGGUGUAUUACACGACUCUAGUUCAUUAUGUUGCUUUAGGUGGUACACAAACACAUGUAUGAAUUAUAGCAAGUUUAUUGUGUUUGUGUAGAGAGAGGACUUCAGGGCCCCUCUGUCCCCCUGAUUCUCCAAAUCAGUCCCAGCAGCCAGCUGCUGUUUCUCAGGAACUUGAGGGCGAGAACAAGGUUUUAGAAACAUCCUCAUCGGGAACUGAGAAUCUUACAAUGUUGUUGUUUUUAAUCAGUACUAUACUCAAUGGUAGUUACACCAUACAUUCACACUAAAAUAAGGGCAUUAUCUGGGGAUCAUGAACUCAUUAAGGAAUGUACAUUUGUUGUAAAAUCUAUCAAUAGAUAUAUUAAUUAUGAAUAGAUUAUUGUAUAUAUAUAAUAUAUAUAAUAUAUAUAUAUAUAUAAAAAUAUAAUGCUGGAAAUGUUACAGCAUUAUACUGUGUGAUUUCCUUUU